GGGGCGAGGCUACGGCGCCGCGACGGGAGCCGGGUUGAUCCGGCCCGUCUCGCGCAGCCCGGGCCGGAAGUGACGUAGGGAGACCGGCCCGAAGGCGGGCGGUGCGAGCGGCGGCCGCCAGGAAGAGCCGCCAACGGCCCGGGCCGAGGCCAGGCAUGGCCGGAAGUGACGUGAGACAAAACGGGCAGGCGACGGGGGGCAUCACGCCGGCCCCCCCCAGUCAGGACCCCUGCGCCCCCCUGCGCCUGGCCGCGGCGGCCGCCUGGCAGGUGAUGCGGGCGCGGCAGGUGCGCGACUUCCCGCGGGUGCUGGGGCUGCUGGAGGCCGUGGGGCAGGCGGCCCCCGACGUCGUCUUCUUCCGCCACUACGCCCGGCUGCGCCUGGGCCUGCAGGCUGCGGUGAUCAUGGGGAUGCUGCAGGAGGAGCAGCCGGACGGGAAGAUCUACGACGCCGUGGACACCUACUUCCCUGAGGGCGAGCACCAGCGCCACCCGCUGGCCAGGUGGCUGCAUUUCAGGAGCUGGUUGGCCCCAGGGGCUCACGUCCUGCUGCCCCCUGCCCAGACUGCCCGGGACCUGCGCCGGGUGGGAGAAGCCCAGGAGACCUUCCGGGAGCUGGUGCUGGGGCUGCUGAGUGACCGGCAGCGUCGGGAGACCUACGUGGAGGAGCAGCUGGAGGCCGAAUACGGGGAGCCCUUCCUGGGGGGGCUGGAGGGGCUGCUCUACGAGUAUCUGGGGCGCCUGGAGAGCACCCUGCCCCCGCCCCAGCUCCAGCAGCUGCAGGAGGCUGCCUGGAGCGAGUGCCCCCUGGCUGGCCCCCCCCAGCGCCCCCCGGAGCUCAGCGUCCUGGCCCAGUACCUCGCGGACAUGGGCCACCCCCAGCACACGGGCUCCCCCACCUUGCAGCUGGUAACCAGCACGCCCUCCCUGCCCCAGCCAGUGCCCGGGACGCCGGGGUCCCGCCGGAGGCGGAGCCAGGAGGGGGCGGUGCCCGCGCAGGAAGAGAUGCCCCCUGACCUUGGCCUGCGCUGCCAGCCGCCCGGAGAACAGGAGCUGGACACGACCGGGGACAUCGUGUGGGAGUCGGAAGAGGAGGAGAGCUGCAGCCCCCGCAGGAAGGCCAGCUACCAGCGCACGCGGCACAACACCCUGAUCCCCACCUUCAGCGACCACCUGGACCCCCCCGGCGGGUGCCCUGGCUGCUGCGCUCCCGGGACCCUGCCCCUGCCCCACGGCACAGACACGCCAGCCUCCGGAGGGUGCCCCACAAAUCUUUUAUUGGUGACACCAAAUAAACACAGCACAUGAUUCAGCCCAGUCUCCCCCUCGGUCUCCAGCUGGGGGGUGCCCCAUAGCCCCCCUUUGGCAGAGUAAGGGGAGAUGACCCCAGGGGGAUGGAUCCCCUGGAGGAGGCGGGGAGGGAAUUGGGGGUCCCCUCUGCCACCCUCAACGUCAGGAGCUGCUCUG